AUGCUCCAGGCGGCACAUAAAGGGAUACCGCUGCCGUUGCCUGAGACAGCAGCCCAGCCGCCCCCAAGGAUACCGGAGCGUCCUUCGUCGAGUCCCCGACCCAGGGAUUUAAGCCCUUUUCGAGCAAACAACCGUAUGCAACCGCGUGUUCAUCUCGCAGCCCUUCUCCGGGCCGAGCGGCAUGCCCGCGUUGUAAUCUUCGACAUUGGGGAGACCAGUGUCCGGAAUGUGAUAUCUGUAACCAGACGGGCAUUUUCGAUAUCAGUGCCCGCAGAACCCACGCAAUCUCAGCAAUACGUUCAGCGAUGGCUCUACCAUAACGGUCGCGGCAACGGUUUCACGUUGACUGGAGGAGGACGAGUGGACCAGUCCUGGUACCCAGGCCAGCUAUGUGAGGACCUACCAGUCAGUAUAUACAACAACACCGGUGCUCGUCCAGCUAUGUUGAGCCGGGGUUUUGCGGCUGCACAUCAGUUUGAGAUCACAACGAUGGAGCAAUUGUACCACACAGGGUAUGGUGGCAAUGGUACAAUGGCCCUCAUUUUCUACAAGGAGGCCAAAAUUCUGUUGGAAGUGUUGGACAUUGAAGGCAGGGCGACCCAUCAUGAGACAUCCUCUAUCUGCCUCGUGAUUGCCCCAUGUGGUAUCCUCCUUGGGCUGGACACCAUGCGCCACGAACAUCUGGUCACCAUGUGGGACGAGUCGAUGUUGCCGCCUACCUUUUGCCUGCAGCUCCCCAAGUUGUUACAAUCAGGUUCAUUUCCUGGUAUCAUACCGCCCCCCGGAAAUCCUCUACAAUCUAUGAAUUACCAGCUGCAGCCCAUAUAUAGUUGAGCAGGACGCUCCGUUUGUGGACUACGAUUUCACGGGCCUCGAAUAUUUAGGGCGUAUAACGAACCAACUAGCCG